AUGACAGUAAACAUGAAUGACGGUCUCUACAUUAGACCUGGACAGCACAGGAACUCUCAAGAUGACGAAGAGGCACUCAACUCCAUCAUGAAGGACCUCGCAGCACUGGGCCGCUGCUCCACUCAAAGCAGCCACAAGCCCAAGCACAGAACUCUUCUGUACAAACAGGAUCUCAGAGUCAAGCUGGAGCAUGAGAGAGAGAAGCGAAUCAUCCCGUUUCAGAGGCCGCUGAGGAUCAAAGAGCUGCAGCAGAAAGUGACCGAGGCCUUUGGACAGCAGAUGGACAUGUUCUUCAUGGACAAAGAGUUGCUGCUGCCGGUGAAGACUCAGGAGGACCUGGACCAGGCCGUGCUCACGCUGGGGACCAAUGGGCUGCUGCGAAUACUCCUCAAGACCCCAAAGAACAACCAUUACCUACAGGUGAACACCAGGGACAAGCAGAGCGAGAUGAGGUCAUCGCGGUCACUUGGGGACCUGAAGGGGUCGCUGCUCAAGGGCUCGGAGAGGGUGCGCAAACACUCCACAGGCUCGCUGCACACAGGCAGGACGUCCCCUCCACCGGGCAGUGUCCCAGAGGAGCAGCAGCAGAUCGCACGCCAAGGCAGUUACACCAGCAUCCACAGCGAGGGAGAGUUCAUCCCAGAGACACUGGACCCAAAUAUGCUGGAUCCAUUUGGAAGUGCAGACAACUCACUGUCAAGCAGCUGUCAAUCAAUCGACCAAGCAUUGGACAGCCCUCCUUACUCGCCAAACAACCGGGAUAAUAAUUACCUGAACCUCAAUUAUGAAUAUAAAGGAUGGCAUCGGAAAGGAGGCACUUUUCCCAGGCAGUUCCAGCUGCCCAAUCCAAGCAAGGAUUAUGCAUCUGAAUACCGUCGCCGGACACUUCCACGAAGCUUCAUGCCUCAGGAAUACUUGUUCCAGCUGGUUCCCUCCAGUCGCUCACGGAGCUACAUUGGAGACAGUACACUCCAAUACACUGAACUGCGCUCACUGGGCAAGAGAGGAACCAGCAAGUCUCCUCGGGCACCAGUCAACUGGAGACAGGGCAAGCUUUUGGGUCGUGGAGCUUUUGGGGAGGUCUAUCUGUGCUACGAUGCUGACACUGGCCGCGAGCUGGCUGCCAAGCAGGUGCCGUUUGACCCCGACUGUCAGGAAACCAGCAAGGAGGUGAAUGCUCUGGAGUGUGAGAUCCAGCUGCUGAAAAAUCUGCGCCAUGAUCGCAUUGUUCAAUAUUACGGAUGCCUGCGGGACCUGGACCAGAGGAAACUCACCAUUUUUGUUGAAUACAUGCCUGGGGGUUCGGUGAAAGACCAGCUCAAAGCCUAUGGAGCGCUAACAGAGAAAGUAACGAGAAGAUACACCAGGCAGAUCCUCCAAGGAGUUUCCUACCUGCACAGCAACAUGAUAGUACACAGAGACAUCAAAGGUGCCAACAUACUGGGGGAUUCAUCCGGCAAUGUAAAGCUAGGAGACUUUGGAGCCAGCAAAAGGAUCCAGACUAUUUGCAUGUCUGGCACAGGAAUCAAGUCUGUCACUGGCACCCCCUACUGGAUGAGCCCAGAAGUUAUAAAUGGAGAGGGGUAUGGGCGCAAAGCUGAUGUAUGGAGUGUUGCCUGCACUGUUGUGGAAAUGCUGACACAGAAACCUCCUUGGGCUGAGUACGAGGCCAUGGCUGCCAUCUUUAAAAUAGCCACACAGCCAACAAAACCUCAGCUUCCAGAAGGUGUGUCGGACUACUGCAGAGACUUUCUGCGUCAGGUGUUUGUGGAGGAAAAGCUGAGAUCUACUGCAGAUGCCCUGCUCAGUCACCCGUUCGUCCAAGGCAGUUUCUGA